AUGCAGUCCCCAGAGCACCUGGGUUUGGAUCAUCUGCAGCCGCUUCGUCGAGCCCUAUCCAAUGUCCUUUCCGCACCAGUGGCCGAGUUCACAUUUGCUCAAAUUAUCGAUGGACAGCCAACCAGGAGAGUCUAUGCGAAUGACCAUUUCUUCAGAGACGGGUUGCCUGUAAUGGAUCAUGAGGAUCUGUGCCCUGGUUCGGUUGAAAGGACUCGAGCAUUCCGCUCAGACUUUGACAUACUCGACUUGAAAUUUGAGCCAAAUAUUAUUCAGGCGUACCAGGACACGCUGCCGGGUACAAUCGCGUGGAAGUUACGGCUCCUCGAACUUGUCGUGACUGCAUGUCAUGAUAUCGCUGUCUACCUCUAUCAGAUGGACAAUGGAGUUCACAAACAUGCGGAACACCAAGCCUGGCGGGCAAAAAAGCUCGAUACUCUCUCAGAAGACGACCUGAUGGAGAGGAGAAAACUACCACCGCCCACACUUUUCUGGACAAGCGCCUAUAGAGACUGGUCAAGCUACCCAAACGGUCUAGCUGACAUGGCUGGAUACUGGGCGGAGGUGCAGCUGUUCGGCGGCGUUGUCCUUUUCGACCGAGGUGAGAGCGAAAAAGAGUGCAAUGGUGUUUACAUACACAACCGACGCUACACCACCAUUGCGCCGCCAACAGAAGCGCAGUUCAAGAACAUCAUUGCAUUUCUAUUAUCAGAAAGUCCAGACUACGACCACUGUCCUCUUCCAAUCGAAAUCACACCAGACAACAAAUGGCGCUGGGACCCGUAUGAUGCCAGGACGACGUACCAUAUCUUCAAAAGUCGCCACGACAUCCCCAACAGUCCGCGCCCCCGCCGCAAGGACGUGAUCACGGCGAACAACUGGCCAGAAAUCAUCGACCAUUCUAAGAUUUCAGGAGAAGAUUUCGAAGAGAGGCCCUCCGACGAGGCUGAGAAAGUUAGAGCAAGGGAGAGGAUUGCAAUGACUAUCUCUCCUAACUCUAGGUUAUGGGAAACUUUCAAGAAGGAUAUCAUGAGGCUUCAACCUGAUGAGAAGAGGCAGGGGCGGCCACCAUACUUCUUCGAUUCCUAA